AUGGGGGUUAAAUCCCAGCUGGCUCCUACUGGGAGCCACCGCAUCGUGCUGACAUCAGCAAAACCGUCAGUAUCUCGGGAAGGCGCAGCCAGUGCAGGCCCCACGUCCACUGUAGGUGCAGGCAGGUCGGGGGAUGAACUUGAGGAAGAGGAGGAGGUAGUGGAGGAGGAAAAGGAGAAGGGAGAAGAGGGAGAGGAGGGAGAAGAGGAGGAGGCUAGCGACGCAGGUGCCUCUGCUCUGCUCUCAUCUGCUUUCCCUUUCAAUGCACGAGAUCUACAGCUUCGCCGCCCCAUCGCGCUGCCUCCUGCAAUGCGUGCGCUGCGUUGCAUGGUGUGCCACGAGGGCUACCGCCUGCGUCCCAACGAGCUAAUUGGAGCCUACACCUUCUCCAGACGCUUCUCCGACCUCUCCACUUGGAGCCUGACAUCCACGACAAGCAGGGUGGCCGUGAACUGGUCUAUCUCAACGGUCUCUCAUUUCAACACCAUCCACUUCUCCUGCCACGACCGGGCCAAGCGUGCCGAUUCCGCCCUCAAGCUGCCCAAGCGCGAGUGGGACGGCGCAGCCCUCAGGAACGGAGGAACCCUCUGCAAUGCCCUCUUCCCUCUGCGGGGCCCUCAGGUCUCCCCUGCAGUGUAUGCCCGCGGGCUGGUUUCCUGGUGGGAAAGCGUCCUCUCCCUGAGCCACGUGGACGGUUCUCGCUUCCUCGUGCUCCUCCUUACACGCACUUCCCUCCCCAUCCCUGCGUUCCCACCCCAACAGGUAUCCUCAGCAGUGUACGCCCGUGGGCUGGAUUCCUGUCGCAGGGGGGAUGGGCGGCAGUGUGUGCGAUGCCAUGCUGGCAACUGUGCUGACGUGGCCCCUGCACAGGUGGCAGCGAUCGCGCCACCUGUUCCUGCUGCUGGCAGUGCAUGA